UGAAAGCUGCCAGUCAAAGGGACGAGUGGCGGUGUGUUUUGUAAUAGUAGAUGGAAGAACGGGAGGAAAGGUGAAGACGAGGUGGAAGUGCGUCGGAAGCUAUUGGAAGGAUCGUAAUAAAAUUGGAGAAAUGGCACGGACUUCGGCUUCCAAUCCGAUCUCUUAUGUUAUUCGGAGGCAGAUUGACGAUAGGACUGAUCACUGUAAACGGCUUGUUUGUGCGAGACUUGACAGGUCUGAAAAUUUAUUCCGAAAGGAUCUACUGUCUCAUUAUGGAUGUGUCAAUGCUAUUGAGUUUUCUCAGCAAGGGGAUCUUCUUGCCUCUGGUGGUGAUGACAGGAGAGUCUUAUUGUGGAAAGUGGAACAGGCGAUACAGGGUAUGGGCAAACCUAUGGUCAUGAAAGCUCAACAUGUUAGCAAUAUAUUCUGUCUCGGGUAUGACAGAAGUAAGAGCAAAAUAUUUUCUGCUGGAAAUGAUGACCAGGUUAUUGUACAUGAUCUUAAAACGGGAGACCCCUUGAAUUAUUUCUUACACGAGAAGCCAGUCUAUGGUCUUUCAAUCCAUCCGCACAAUGAUAAUGUAUUUUCGAGUGCCUGCGAUGAUGGAAGGGUGCUGAUCUAUGAUAUUAGAGAUUCUAGUUCUACAGAGACAUUCUGUCUUGCACAGUACAAGACUGCUUUCCACUCUGUCAUGUUCAACCCUGUGGAGCCUAAAAUGCUUGCCACUGCCAAUGCAAACGAAGGUGUCAGCAUGUGGGAUGUACGAAAGCCCUUAGAACCUGUUUUAAGAUAUGGAUCAGAAGGUCCAUCUCAGAGUUGUAUGAAUGUCAGAUUCAAUGCUGCAGGCAACAGGUUGUUAGCACUGCGAAGAAGAUUGCCACCAGUACUCUAUGCAAUUGAUUCCCCUACCCAUUUAUGUCAAUUUGAUCAUCCUGGCUAUUAUAACAGUUGUACUAUGAAAUCAUGCUACUUUGCAGGAGAAGACGACGAAUAUGUUCUUUCAGGUUCGGAUGAUUUCAACCUCUACAUGUGGAAAAUACCUGGCGAGGAAACAAAGUGGGUAGGUUCGGCCCAUAUGAUUUUACGUGGACACAGAUCAAUAGUGAAUCAAGUGCGGUAUAAUAAAGCAAGCUGCAUCCUGGCUUCCUCAGGCGUUGAAAAAAUUAUUAAGAUUUGGAGUCCAUUUCCACUAGGAAAUAGUAGCUUGGGUGGUUUAAAAAGAGAUGCUGGAAAACAAGAGAAACAACGCAGAGUCUUCACUCACGAUGAAUACAUCGACCUGGUGUUACAUAGUGGCCAAUUCAUGACCCAUGAUUACAGUCAGCAAUCAACCCGGGAAGAUCCUCGGAUGAUGGCUUUCUUCGAUUCUCUUGUGCAACGUGAAAUUGAAGGUUGGAGCUCGGAGGAUAUGCCAACCGCCCCGCAAACUCCUAGUGAUUCCGAGAACAAUCCGACAUCAGGUCGUGCUUACAGUGCAACAGAUUCCGAUGAUUCAAGAGCUUCCGAUCGGCAAUUAAUGCUUAGUAUCCUGGGCUCAGCAGUGAGUUCACGUGGUUCGUCAGGAGGCGGAGUAGCUCCAGAAAGACAAUCAGAAUCUCCGAACAGAAUUACGCGUCUAAUAGCGAAUCGCAGAGAAAAAUUGAUGAGAUUAGCAGCAAUGGAAGGUGGUGCUACAUUGAACGCUUCUACGAACACAGCUCCGGAUUGUUCAGCGUCAGGUUCCGGUAGCGAGAUAGACGAGGUGAAAGUGAAAUCUAAAUCAAAGUCAAAGACCAAAUUGAAGGGUGUAAAAAGGAAACACGGUCGGCUCUCUGGGCGUCGUAGUAGAGCCCGUAGAAAGUGCACGGUGUCCAAGAGUAGCGAUUCUGACAGUGACGAACAACUCCUAGAUACUACCCAACCUAGCACCAGUUCUGGUGUAGUAUCACGUCGAUCACGUUAUGCAGCUACUCCAGUAGACAGUGAUACAAGACGUUCGAGCCGUACCAGCAACAGCAACUGCACCAGCAACAGUAACAGCAACACCAGCAGUAAUAGCAGCAGCGAGGAGAAUAUUAGUUCAGCUAAACGAAGACGUUGUAAAACAGAUUCGGACAGCUCCACCAAAGCUCAUCGUCGGAAGCAAAGAAAAUUGAAAAUUAACAACCGACACAGUGAGAGUAGCAAAAGCAAAAAUAAACGUGUUAUCAUCGCGGAUAAUAUACGUCUGGAAGACCAGAGAGUUGCAUGGAAGGAGUACAGUAAUGGCACUGACUUGGGGAAGGUGGAAGCCGAGGGGCCGUCGACGCCGAUUCGUAAAUCAUGUAAAGUUCCUCCCACGCCUGACAGUGGAAUCACAUCCGGUAUGUCGACCCUUGAGAAACAUAGCGGAGCGGCUCAAAAGAAUCACAAUGGCGGUGAUAGCUCGGACCUCGAGCAAAAAUUGAAAAAUCUCGAGCGUUUUAGAAAAAAGGUCGACGUAGCACGAAGAGGCUAUCGUAAUAGGUCGACGCCAUUGCCUCAGGUCGCCUCUACGACGACUGAUUCUUCCGAUUAGAAUCUUCAUGUCACUCGUAAUGGCAAAGCGUGUCACCCUAUUGUACAUAAUGGAUCUGUGAUUCCUUGAAGUAUAUUUUUAUAAUACUAAGUUUGAUCCCUCGCAA